AUGCUAGAGCUCGCCCCCACAGUGGCGGACGUGUUUGCGGGGGACAGCGCCACAGUGGAUGAGUACCUCGCCCAGAUUCAGGAAAUGACUAUCCUGACUGCGAUUCAGGAGUCCCAGCAGGACGGGAUCCUGUCUUUCGAGAGGCAGCUGGACGAGGCCACCGCGCGGGACUGGGCGGCGGACAAGGGGCGGCUGCUGGGGGCGAUUGCGCCGUACACGGGCCUGGGCGGCGGUACAGGAUUGGGGGCCCUUUCGUUCGGCAGCGUGGCGCCGCGGCAGGGGGAGGCGCAGGGCGGCAGGGUGUCUGCCAAAGAGCAGGCGUACGUGCAGGUGGUGAAGCGCCUCAACGCGGCGGCUUCGCGGCACGAGCCCGUCGACGCCGUCUCCGAGUUUGGCGCCGCCUGCGCUGCCAACGAGGAGCGCCCGGGGGCCUCCGGCUCCGCCGCCGCGAUGAGCAGCGUGUGGGCCCUCCUGGGUGACAUCCUGGCGCCCGCCAGGGAGCGGGGGCUGUCUCCCAGCGGGCCCGGCGGCAGUGGGGACUUUGUGGACGCCCUCGUGCAGGGCGGCCGCGCGCACCUGUCGAAGCUGUUCGCGCGCCACGUGCGCAACACCAUCAGCAAGCACCGCGCGGUGGCGCAGCGCGGCGGCGACCCCGACCAGAUGCGGGACGCGUACUUGUCUGUGAAGUUCAAGGACCGCGGCCCCCUGGACUUCCAGCAGGCCGGCGGCCAGGACACGGCGUGGGUGCAGGUUUACUACGCGCUGCGCUGCGGCCUCGACGACUUGGCGCUCAGAGCAGCCGCCAAGGCCACCGAUGCAGCGGCGGCGGUGCGGCCGCUCGGCGGCGGCGGCGGCGGGAGCCUGGCGCCGCUGCUAGACGCGUGGCUGGCGGACCCGGCCGGGUUCCGCGCGCAGCACGGCGCCGCGAUCCUGCGCGAGUGCGAGCGGCUGGUGCAGGCGCAGCCCUCCAAGCAGCCGUCCAUCCGCGCGGACUACAUGCUCCUGGUGUACGCGCUGCUGGCGGGAGACGCGCGCGCCCUGGACGCGGCGACGCGCCGCAGCCCGGGGCUGGCGCCCACCAUCGAGGACUUCAUGUGGCUCAAGCUCACAGCCAUACGCGCCUGCGGCGCGACGGGUGCGAGCGGACCGGGGAACGCCAGCCCGGGCAGCGGCGGCGGCGCGCCAGCCUAUCGGCUGUCUGACCUGCAGGCCGAGCUGAACCGCUGGCCGGCCAAGUACUACAGCCGGGAGGGCGCGGAGCCGCUGCUGUAUGUGACGGUGCUGCUGCUCAGCUGCCAAUUCAGGGCCGCACUCAAUUGCAUGUCUGCCUCUCGUGUGAGCCACAACGAGUUCAUGGCCACUGACGACAGCGCCAAGGCGCUGCGCGGCGACGCCGUGCACGUGGCCAUCGCGCUGCAUUUUGCAGGGGUCCUGGAGCUGCGCGGCGAAGAGCCUGCCUCGGGGCCGGCGCUCGACACUUCGGAACUCCUGCGCUCCUACGGCCAGCGCUUUGUGCGCAUCGACAGCGAGGUGGGUUGUCCACGUUGCUCGGCUCGCUUUGCACGUUUCCGCACGGUCUACUAG